AUGCUCAGGCCCCCAACGAGCACGGCACAAUGGCUGCUCUUCAGCGACCUCCACUUCAAGCAUCGAGACCUGGAUCGGGUAUGGAAGACGGCGCAAUGGAUUGUCGCCGAAGCGGAGCGGAACCGCGUCGGGCGGGCGGUUGUGUGCGGCGACCUGCUGACGAGCCGCACAAUGCAGCCCACGCACGUUCUGUCGACGUGCUUCCGCUUCAUCGACCUCCUCAGCAAGGCUGUGCCGCGAGUCCAUGUCCUGCUUGGCAAUCAUGAUCUGGCCUAUCGCCGCGAGUACCAGACCACGGCCCUUGACGCACUGAAUAUUAGGCACUUGUCGCCAUAUGUAUCCCUACAUAGUCGCAUCGCCACCCAUGAAUGGGACGGCCGUCGAGUCUUGCUGCUGCCAUUUCGCGAGGAGCAAGACGAGCUCACAGAUGCCGUGGAUGCACUUGAUCCUAACGAGGCGCGAGAGACGGUCGCCUUCGCCCAUCUUGCAAUCAACAAGGCCAUCACGCAGCGCCACAUCAUCCGUCCUGACAGCGGCAACCUUGGGGCUGCAAAUUCUGUCACAUAUCGCGGCUUGACAGGUCCGCAUCGCUUUGCAACGUUAGCACGUACGUUCACAGGGCACUUCCACAGCCACCAGACCAUUCUCCAGAAGCACUCUGGACUCAGCCAGUCCGACCUUCAAGGCAGCGUGACGUACUUGGGCUCGCCGUUGCAGCACAAUUGGGCCGAUCUCCAUGACGAGCGACGAGGAAUCGUCCUGCUGAAUCCGCAGACACUUGAACACAAGCUGCUCGUCAAUCCUCAUGCCGUUGGCUACACAACAACCGAUCUCCAGCAGGUCCUUGACGGCCGGGCUGACGAGGCUGCCGUCGCGGACAAGCAUGUCAUGCUCACGGGCGAAUUAACGCUUCGGCGGUAUGCCACAGCGCGUGACAGGCUUGUCUCGUUAGGCGCACGCAGCGUGAGGCAAUGGAAUCCUACGGGGUUUGUCACUCAUAAUGAGCGCCUCGGAGCAUCGGCGCCAGCGAGUGAUGCUGCCAUACAGGUUCCAGAGGUGCUCAUUAAGGAUGGCUCAGAGUUAGAUACGAGUAGAGGCGGGACAAGCUCUGACCCAGUCACUGACUCUCCCCAUACAAAACUGGAUAUCGCUGCCGAAACGCGCGAGUUUGUUGACUCGUCGCAGUUGGACGCGUCUCUUCGCCUGCGACGAGACGAGCUGGUGCGGGUCGGUCAGCGAAUGAUCCAAGUCUCUCGACAAUUAGCAGACCAGAACGAUGAUGCUCAAGUUCUUGACCAUCGAGACUUCCUGAACGGUUUAUCUCAAGCUUCUGGUGCCAGAGCCGCCACAGGGCUGGUUGAGUCGUCCAGCCACGUCUUCAUUGCCGAGCCGCGUCGGCUCACGAUUACCAAUUUUCUUGGUGUCCAGGGCACCAUCACCAUCGACUUCAAAGAAGACCUUUCACGCGGAUUAAUCUUGUUAGUCGGCGACAAUGGCUCAGGUAAGAGCACGCUUGUCGAGGCCAUGGUUUGGUGUCAAUUUGGUCAGUGCAUCCGCAGCGGCUUGGCUGUCAACGAUGUGGUCAACGACGUUGUUGGGAAUAAUUGCUCCGUUGUGCUGGAGUUUGCCAACGGAUACUCUAUUACGCGGUAUCGCAAGCACAAGAGCCACGGCAAUCGCGUCAUCGUUUCGUUACAUGGCGAGCCGCAACCUAAGCUGGAGCUCCCGGACUCUCGCUCGACUCAAGGAGCUAUCGACGAGCUCCUCGGCAUUGACUACGAUACGUAUAUCAGGACGGUGGUAUUGUGUCAUGAGAGCGCAGCGAGCUUUCUCAGCUCGAAGCCGCCGCAGAGGAGAGACCUAAUUGAGACUUCACUCGGGCUGUCAAUGUUGGAUCAUUGCGCCAAGGUGCCAAAGGCGUUACUCAAAGACAUCGACAACGAGGCGAACAUAUUGGGGCGCAAGAUGGAAGGGCUUCUCGUGGAAAUGAAAUCAUCGGAGCGGCGGCUGGAUGAUCUGAAGCAGACGCGAAAGGGGCUCGAAGGCAAGGCGGCAAAGCUUGCCACAUCCUUGGCGGUGGCCGUCCAAGGACUCAAGGGCCUUGAAUCAGGGACUGAUGGACAAGGGCCAUCCAUGUUCAGCGAGAGUCUCGACGAUGACAUCUCGGCCUUGAAGAAACACAUCCAAAAUGAGCAAGAGGAACUGCGACGACUAGACAAGUCCUGUGAUCACAUACGGUAUGCCCAGAUACAACGACAGAAACACGCUCAGCCGACGGCAUGGCUUCAUCAGCUACAGCGGCACAUGCGUGAUUGUGCUGGAAACAUGGCGGCGGCUCCCUUGGGCUUGGACAAAAUGCUACACGCCUCAAAGACGAUGAUUAUCUGGUUUCGGUGGAUAACCCUCAAGGCCUUUCUCUACAUAUUUGGGGUAUCACAGGAUGGCCAUCACAAAGCCAGCACACAAGACUGGCAAAAGAAGACAUCUAUCAGCCGUCUACGCGAAGACAUCAAGAGCGGUACAUUGCGGCUGCGUAAGCUGAAGCACGAGGUGAACAGACUUCUAGACACAAUAUCUGCACUAGAAGUCCGACAUGGCAAGAUGAUGAACGACCAGCUCGACCAAAUUACCCAGGCUCAAAAGUCUUGUGAAGCCCUGAAGCAGGAGAUUGCAUUGAAGAAGAGAGAUGUAGCCACGUAUUCGGAGAUCAUAGGAAAGGAGCAGGCAUCUUUAGACUCUAUACUCUCAGAGCACAACGCCCUAGACAUCAAGCUUCAACAGCUCGCUGCGCACCGCGAGCUCUUCGCCUUCUGGUCAUCAAAUCUGGCGAGGCGCACUCGUCGACCCUCGUCGAAGAAAUCCACAGCACCCGAAACGGUCAACUUCCGCGAGCACAUCCUCGUCAAGUCCCUACCGGAGCUCAAUGCUUUGCUUGCGCAGGUCCUUAUGGUCCUCUACGACGACACACGUCAUGCGCACGCUAUGGCAACAGGGAUGCUGCGUUCACUGUUCGACUCUGAGACUGACGGUUCCAUACUGGAGACACCUUCUUCCUCGGGGUCUCCCCUCCUCGAUCGAACACUUUCAGUCAACUCAUCGCUCUCCUAUGGCAAGCGUUCCGGCGGCGAGAGAAAACGCGUUGACUUGGCGCUCUUCUUCGCAUUGCUGCAGCUGUCGCUGGCAAGGAGCGCGCAUCGCACACAUUAUCUGCUCGUCGACGAAGUGUUUGACAGUUUGGACGAGGCGGGCCAAGCCGCCGUGGUGCGGUGGUGUGGUCUGAUGUCGAAGAGGAUGGCCGGCUGGAUCUUGAUGAUUACGCAUAAUCAGCUCUUGAUCAAGCAAGAUCCGGGGGAAGAUGCGGGCAAGGCCUUGGUCGUGAGGGCGAGGAUGGGCCCCAAGGGGACUGAACUGCUUGUUGAUGGGCGGAGAAUCGGUGUGUAG